AUGGGCGUCUCUAGCAUCAUGAACUCGUCUUUGGAACUUCGCUCCAAGCCAAAGGGCAUUCGAACCAAACUCACCCCUGUGAAACACAGCUUGCAAAAUCGCAAGCGAAAGGUUCAGUUUACGGAUGUCCACGUCCUUGAAUACGACAACUCUGCUAGCAAACAACAGGAAAAGGGAGAUCUUUGGUGGACCAAAGACGAGCGUAAGGAAAUCCUGCAAAACAACCAUCGUCUCGCCAAACUAUUCAAGACGCAUCAUCCGCACGACAUUGCCAACGCGAACGAUGCUUACGAUCAAUGUUGUUACAGUGACGAAGACACCUCUUCUUCUUCAUCCUCUGAAUCAGAAGACGAGAACAAGCCCACCUGGCUCAUCUCCAAGACCAACAUUCGCAAGCCCAAACUGCACCUUCCCACUCAUGUGCGCGGCCUCGAAUGGGCCAUUUUGCCAUACUCCAAGAAACAUCGCAAAGUCCACGUCCAACAAGUGGUCGAAGCUCAAGAUGAUGAUGACAUGGCGGAACUAGCUGGAAGCUCCAGCAAGGCCUGUGUGGCCUUUGCUCGACUUUUGGCGCAAUGCGAUGAGCCAUCGGCGCCAUCCUUUCUCAGGAGACCGCGACCACGGAUGUGGUGGUAG